CGGAGAUUUUUUUUUUUUCCUUUUGCUGCCGCCGCUGUCGCCGUCCCGACCCCUUCUUGCCGCCCUGCCCCCAACCCCACACAAGAUGUCAGAGGAUCUAGCAAAACAGCUGGCAAGCUACAAAGCUCAACUCCAGCAAGUUGAAGCUGCAUUGUCUGGAAAUGGAGAAAAUGAAGAUUUGCUGAAAUUAAAGAAAGAUUUACAAGAAGUUAUAGAACUAACCAAAGACCUUCUGUCAACUCAGCCUUCUGAAACUCUUGCAAGUUCAGACAGUUUUGCUUCUACUCAGCCCACUCAUUCAUGGAAAGUAGGAGACAAGUGUAUGGCAAUCUGGAGUGAAGAUGGACAGUGUUAUGAAGCCGAGAUUGAGGAGAUAGAUGAAGAAAAUGGCACCGCUGCAAUCACCUUUGCUGGCUAUGGCAAUGCUGAAGUGACUCCACUGUUGAACCUCAAACCUGUAGAAGAAGGAAGGAAGGCAAAGGAGGACAGUGGCAACAAGCCCAUGUCAAAAAAAGAAAUGAUUGCCCAGCAGCGUGAAUAUAAAAAGAAGAAAGCUUUGAAAAAAGCACAGAGAAUAAAAGAACUUGAGCAGGAAAGAGAGGACCAGAAGGUGAAAUGGCAACAGUUUAACAAUAGAGCCUAUUCUAAAAACAAAAAAGGCCAGGUUAAAAGGAGUAUUUUUGCUUCACCUGAGAGUGUAACCGGCAAAGUUGGAGUAGGAACUUGUGGAAUUGCUGAUAAACCUAUGACACAAUAUCAAGAUACCUCUAAAUACAAUGUCAGGCAUUUGAUGCCUCAAUAAUCAGAAAAACUGUUGGAUUUCAUCUCUGCAGGGCUUUACAUUUAUCUUUUUAUCCUUAUAUUUUUCUAAAGGUAAAUUAUUUGUUAGAUGAGUAAGGAAGAUACCAUUGUCGUCCUUGUUUGACUUCAAUAGAAUGAAACUUGAAGAAAUUGCAUUUGAUAACUGCUAUUCAUUUAACUUUUGUUACUACUACCACAGUUUCCUCAAAGUUUGUUGAAUAAAGCAACUUUUCUAGAUAGAUGCUGCAUAAAUACAGCACUUAGAUGAAUUGUUGAUCUUCCUAAUAUCAGGCCCUUACUUAAUGGAUGGUGUAUACAUUUUGUGAAGUCCUAACUUGGAAUACUCAGAUCUUUGAACUUGCCACAUAUUGUAGCAAUUCACUGGAACAUCAAGGCAAAAUACCAACCUGUUAAAGAGCUCUUUUAUCUUCAAUGUAAACCUAGCUAUUGCCUAAUUAAGCCUAGAAAUAUGUUAAUUUGUAAAUGGCAAACUUUGUUUUGAGGUUUUUCCUUCAAUAAUUUGUUUGCUAAGCCUAUUAGGCUAUCUCUAAAAUUGAUUCAGCUUUUACAUUCUUUCCACUGAGUUUUAAUUUUAUGUAAUAAGAAACCAUGUUUAGGACCUGCUACCUUUUCUAAGGUGGUGUUUUUUUUUUUUAAUGUUUGCUCUUUUCCUGUGUUGAUUUUUCCCUUAUGGUAGUGGUACCAUUUUUUGGAUGUGUAAUGUUUAUAUAAGAAAACAAAAAGCUGAUGUAUAGCCCUGUAUACAGUGUAGAUACUAUUUUUGUAAAAAAACAAAAAACAAAAAAACCAAGGCUAAAUUAAUGAACAAGAAUACUGAAUGUUUCAUCAUUAAAAA